AUGCCUAAAUCAAAGGAACUUGUUUCUUCAAGCUCAUCGGGCAGUGAUUCUGAUAGUGAAGUCGACAAGAAGUUAAAGAGAAAAAAGCAAGUUGCUCCAGAAAAGCCUGUAAAGAAGCAGAAGACUGGUGAAACCUCCGGAGCCCUGUCCUCCUCCAAGCAGAGCAGCAGCAGCAGGGAUGAUAACAUGUUCCAGAUUGGAAAAAUGAGAUACGUUAGUGUGCGAGACUUUAAAGGGAAAGUCUUGAUUGAUAUUAGAGAAUAUUGGAUGGAUCAAGAAGGUGAAAUGAAACCAGGAAGAAAAGGUAUUUCUCUAAACCCCGAGCAGUGGAGCCAGCUGAAAGAACAGAUUUCCGACAUUGAUGAUGCAGUAAGGAAACUGUAAAAUCAGAGCCACAGAAAACCUGUACUGUUCUAGUCGUUUUAAUCUGUCUUUUUACAUUGGCUUUUAUUUUCUAACUGUUGUUUUCCAAGCUGUUGUAUAUUUGGAUUGCAGAACAAUUUGUAAGAUGAAUACUUUUUUCCUUUUUUUUUUUUUUAAAUGUGCAUUAUUAAAAAUGUUCUGAGUGAAGCUAAUUGUCAGCUUUAUUGUGGGGGAUUGCUUUAUGCCCACCACCUAAUGUAAAAUAAAAUCAAGUAAUACAAUCU